AUGAGUGGUCCAGGAGUCGGAUUUGAGUAUCCAUCAGUGCCCGUUUCGUGGUACAAGCGAGACGUCUUGCUAUUUGCAAAUGCAAUUGGCUGUGAUGCCAAAGAUGAGCUUCAUUUCUUAUACGUAUGUAUCAUGAUAGCCUCCGAUGAUUUCAUAAAGACAAGACUAAGAGAUCGAGUANNGGAAUUCCACCCAAAGUUCAGCACAUUCCCUACCUACUCAAUCAUCCUGCCAUUCAAAGGAACCUCAGCAGAGAUCAUCGACUUCUACGCCUCUCAGAACUCCAAACGUGCUGCCAUCCCAGAUGUACCAAAGUUUGACAGUCGCAAGGUGGUUCAUGGAGAGCAAUCCAUUACUUUCCUCAAGCCUCUGCCACCUACCAGUGAAGGCCGUGACUUUGAGAUGAGAGCAAAGGUUCUAGGUGUAUACGACAAGGGCAAGCCUGGUUCGGUGGUUGAGACCGAGAACCUGAUCGUGGACAAGGCUUCUGGAGAAGUCUACAGCAGAGCUGUGGGAAUGUCAUUCUUUGUUGGUCAAGGAAACUGGAAUGGACCUAAGGGUGAGAUAGACACUUCAACAGCAUGGAUGGAGUUCAUACUAACUUUGAACCANGGACCAAAGACAGUCAACUAUCCUCCUCCCGAGGGCAAGAAGCCUGAUGCAGAAUAUGUAUUCCAGACGAAUGCAGAGUCAGCUCAUCUAUAUCGACUUUGUGGUGACUACAACCCUCUGCAUGCCACCCCAGAGCCUGGUCAGCAGAUGGGCUUCGGCGGUGCCAUUCUUCACGGCUUAUUCAGUUGGAACACUACAGCUCACGGUCUCUUGAAGCUUCUUGGAAACUCGGAUCCAGCCAACAUCAAGGAAUUUGCUGCACGAUUCGCAAGUCCUGUCAAGGCGGGAGACACACUCGUCACUCAAAUCUGGCGCAUGGGCAAUGUUGACGACGAGGGUUACGAAGAGGUGAGAUUUGUGACCAGCGUGAAGGGUGGCAAAGUAUGCUUGAGCAAUGGCCGAGCAAAGAUGAAGAUUACAGGACAGAAGAGCAAGUUGUAG